GAGGAAGCGGAAGUGUCAGAGCAGGCGGAAGUGGUACUGCCCUGAAUACCCUGAGCAGCAAGCGGAGGACAGCUUGACAAACUCCCAUCGUUCAGAGAAGAAAAUCAGGAUCCCUAGGACGCUCUAAAUGUGAGUUUUCACACAUUUCAUUUAAUAUUUGUCUUAUAUGCAGGCUUGUGAUAGGCUUUCUCCGAGAACUGCAGCCCCAGCGGUGGCCUCAUUCCCUGCCUCUGCGGCGGACGGUGCCUAUUGUGGUUAGGGGCUGGGUGCGAGGAUUUAGGCCGAUACUUGCGGCCAAAACGGUCGGAAAUACCCACAAAACAUCCCACCUGGGUUUAACUGCUCUCAUUUCGCUGUCGAUUGAGCCACAUAAUGCAAAAAUUAGCGGCCCAGGCUCCGGUCGAUGCCAUGCGUGUAACGGUGACCGUGUAACGGGAGGAGAAGCAGCCGCACCAGAGUUUGGCCAUUUUGACAGCUUAGCAGCCGAGCCCUGGCCGGGAGCAGCCGAAGGAUGCCGAGCCUGAGUCGAGAACAGCCGAACACUAGAUUCCGGCGGCCGCGAGCAGGCCGAAAUCAACCGAGUCCGGGCCGGGAGCGGUCGAAACAGGCCGAUAGUAGCCGAUCCUAGAUCGAGAGCAACAGAGACAAAGUAGCGGCCAAUACUAGCUACAUGACUCAUUAGAGAAGGCAAAUGCCGAGCUGUUAAACAGUUUUAUAAAAAUAUACGUUUAUUGGCAUCAGAUUGGCGUUGCUGUUUCAAGAUUAUCUAUGUCAUGGCGUAGUGAGACGAAAUAUAGGCUAUCCCACCCUCCCAGUUUCCCCGGAGUUUCCUCUUCAAGCGCGAUUAAAAUUCAAAUUUGCUCUGUUUUCGAUAUAACUUGACAGCUGUGAUUUGAAACUGGACCGUUUAAUUAUUUCACAGUUGCACAGUUUCAGUGUGCAGCUCGGCUUGAGCGCAUUUAUGAACUCCGUUAGAUUGAACUGGGUCAGAUGCGUUAGCGGGGCUACCGCUAGUGCUGCAUUUAAGGACUUGACAAUGCUCAGAUUUCCGAUAUUCAUGAGUAGUAGUAAUUUUUUUUAUUGACGUACCUCAGGGACUCAGUCAACGAUUGAACCUUAAAGAAUAAAACAGUACAUGAACAGUUGUCCUUGUGUAGCAAAUUCUAUCUUCAACUCAACACCAUGAAAUGCAAUUAAAACAUAGUAUACUUCAGUACUGUCGUUACACGCUUGAAGAUUGUUUUACCAGUAGUUUAUGUUACCUAAAGUCUAUAAUUUUAUUGGAGAACUGAUUUGACUUCGUUAAUGACAAAAAGCCCAAACUGGCUUCUAAAUGUUCACCAACUGGGUGUGUAGUUUUCCAGAAGUAAAUCAAAUUUCCGAUUUUUAGCACGAUAUGAAUGCAACGUAAAGCCAGCGGCCGUUCAUUUAGCAUGCUAAGCUAACGGCUAAAGCCAGUGGCCCUGUUCGACGCUCCGUUAGCGUGCUAGCUGUCGAUGAUCUAUCUCUCCAUCUUAAAUUCCGCAGGGGAAUGCGACAGGGAGAGAGGGCGUAGUUGCUGGCUGACAGACUAAGCAGUCAGACCUGUUUAUUAUUAGCCUAAAGGGCCGUUUUUGAGCAUUGGUGUUAUAACGUUGGCUGAGGCGAUGGUUUUAAGGCUGUUUCGUUCUGCUGUGGUAGAUGGUGUUCUCCAUUUUUGUCUCUGCGCAUCAGCUUGCUAAACCAUGAGAGUUAACUGCAGGGCCGCUAACAUUAUCGGUCGGGGGGGGGGGGGGGGUGAAGGCGGGCCAGAAGAGGCUGAGCAGGAUCUGUGUUAACCGUUGUGCAGGCCGCACAGACGGAGAAAUAUGGUUUCUGAGAAGCUUUUGUAGCAUAUAUGGGUGGCAUAUUCCCCACCUUCCCAUACCAAGGCCCAAAUGGUUUAAGAGUUAAAGAAGAAUCCAGUUCGCCUUAAAAUGGCUCAGGGUGAGACCUCUGUGGGAAUAGAUUACACCGGUUUAAGCUGAAAAUACUGGAAAUGUCCUUUUAAUUACCAUUGUAUACACAUUAUGAUGAUCAGUCAAAAGUGCUAUUCUUUGAGAUAUUGAUCUCCAAUACACCAGCAGAUUUUGGUGGUGGGUGGGUGGCCAUAUACCAGGACUAUUGUUCCUUAUUGAUGUGUUCCUGGCUCCGAAACCGCCCUGGUCUUUUACAUGCACCCCUUGCUGCCAGAGAUUUUACCUGUUUUAUGAGGACAGUGGGGUGGAGUAUUAGAGGCUGGACAUGACAUAAAGAGGACUGCUCAGAACUAGGAACAGAGAGUAAAUAAGGGUCAAAGGAAAAACAAUUACGAUCUUCAUUGCAAUUUCCAAUUGCUGUAGUUUUCGAACAAUUAAAGAUCUUUUUUUUUUCUGUAUUUUGCAAGCUUGUGCGCAGCGACUCUGCAGCUAACACUGAUUACUGACACUGGCAUCCACAGAAUUUAAAGGGCGUGUUGGCCCCAGGUAGCCAGUUCUGACUUCUCAAGCCAUAUCUUGGUGUCCCUUAUGUCUGCUUCCAGAACAACAAGGCCAGGGUUCAGGUGCUCUUUGGGUACUGCUAUCUCUGAAGUAAAAAGAAGCUUUACAUGACCUUUUCUGUAUGCAAAGUGAAAAUAAAGCACACUGCACAGGGCACCAGCACCUGCAGUUUGAAGAAUUAAGUGAAACAAUGAACACCAACAACAGCUGACCAAAACAGACCUCAACUAUUUAGAAAACACUGUAAUUUUUCAAAUUUGAGCAGGAAAAACAAAAUUUUUAGAUUCCUCGCUUGUUUCUACCAGAGAUACUUGCACGUCUACCUUUAAGUUUUUUUUUACCCACCACUUGUGAUAUCACAGCUUAGCAGAUCAUUCUGACUCUAUGGUAUUCAAAUUUUUUCCUGCAAAAGAAUCACCCAGAAAAUUCCACCAACAACAAGCUUAAGUUAUGUUCAUCUUCAUUUUGGGAUUGUUUAAAGAUCUUAAAUCUUGAUAAUAGGCUGACCCAAGCCUUCCAUAAUAUUAAGUACAUUUUCACUUUAUCUCCUAAACUUUCUAUAGCUUCUUUAUUUUAAUGGAAGUUGCUAAUAAUUUUGAGGCUUCAGAUGAAGCUUUUUUUUUUUUUUUUGCAAGUUCAGCAUCAAACAAAUGUGUGCCUUUGUUUUAGUUCAGCCGUUGUGUGUUCACAUUAUUGGAAGUUCAAAUAAAGAAAACACAAAUCUAUUUCAGCCCCAAGAGUCAAUCUCAAAUCAAACGGUGACGUUUCUAGAAACUUUAAUUGUUAUCUUGCAAAAAGACACCAAAAAUAAAAUGAAAAUUCAUCACAGUGAAAUUUUAAAUGAAAUAUGAAUUAAACAUCAAACACCUUUUUUUAAGAUUCAAGCUGUUUCAUCCUGUUUACACAUUAAAAAACUAAAUUCUGGAGGAGGAGCUGCACGUGUAAACAUAAACACUCAGACACCUUGACGACAGUACUGGACUAACAUUUCGCUGCCUGAUAAAAUAGUAAUUCCUCCUGUAAAGUGUUUGACUUUGGAUGUUUUCAGUAGUUAUUAAAUAUUUGGUAUAUAAUGAUCUAAGAGAGAGAGACAGUGUUAAUCUAAGUAUUUAAAAGUGUUAAUAAUAAUGAAAAAUACUGGUUAGAAUAACAAGUUGUGUGCAGCAAAAAAGACAUAUGAUUAUGAAUUAGAUAUAUUAAAACCUGAUACGUAAUUAAAAAUGGACACUUAAGCCUGUCACCCCCCCCCCCCCCCCCCCCAAACAGGAGAAAAACAACCAAUUAGUGGCUGUAAUAAAAACAUCUCUGUCAUCAACCUCAUCAGUGAGAGUGCUUAUUAGAUAGGAAAUGGUUGUCUGGAUUUGUAAUUAUCACUAACGUUAAUGGUCUGACAGUGAUUUUAUUUUUCAGCUCUUGAAUUUCAAUUCAAGAGCUGAAUCAUAAUAAAUUAAAUUGAAAUAAAAUUGAAUGUUCAGCUUAAUGACUACAGACCUCAGGAAGUGAAUAAGAGCUGCAGAGUGAUCAAACUUGAUAAAUAAUACCAGUUUGUACUUUUUCUUCUAGAAUCGUAUUUUCCACCCUUGUCCAAAAGUGCAGCUUCACACUAAACGGUUUAAAAAUAAAUAAAUAAAUCCUGAUUUUAACCCUUUUAAUUCAGAGCGUGGCUAAGUAGAAGGUUUUGGAUAUUCUAUAGUUUUGAAAUUAUAUUAUUGAAGAACAGUUUUGACAGUCAACAUGUAUUCAGAGUUUCAGACAGGAACACAAAUAUUGGAUCACCUGAAACUUAGAGUUCUGUCUGUGCUAGAUAGAGCUUGUUGUGUGAGAUAAAGGUUUAAAAAUGUAUUAGUUUAAAACCAUGCUGUUAUUUAGACAUAUUAAAUCCAACUUGUGUCAUGUUCAAAAAAUAAAGUUAAACUUUUACAAAGUCAGCAUCAUUUUGGCAUCAGCCAUCAACAAUAUCACUGUCAUCUUUUCUAAAUAAAAACUAAUUUUUCCAGCCAGUACUGCUUAUCACACAAAUAUCAGUCAUGAUCUGACAUCUAUCGCACUAUGUAAUGUGUUUUUUUUUUUCAUCAGUUCAUUAAAAUUCUGACAAUCCUUUUUUUUUUUUUUUUUUUUUUUUUUUUUAAUAAAUGCUGAGCCUUUUCUGCUUUAAUGAGGCAGUUUCUGUCCAAACAGAUCUGUAGAGUUAUAGGUUAUUGAUUUAUUGAUUAAGUUGUGAUUAGCAGGAGCUCACGGUGAACAAUAACAUAGACUAGUGCCGCAUAAUUAUAGACAGAUAAUGAAGUGGAGGAGAGCAGAAAGGUGGAAAUAAGUUAGACCAGCAGAGAUCCUUCACAACACAACAGGUAAAAGUCGUUCUAUUCUCCACGGUCCUCCAUGAGACCGUGAGAAAAUCAAAAUCAGCUGUGUGCAUAUAAUUCUGGUAAAUCUAGAAAUUCUCUUUGAAUUAAAAAAAGAACAUGAAAAUAAUUUCUCUUCGUGGUUUGUGUUUGAGAAAACUUUUUUUUUUUUUGAGAAUUUGACUCAAGUUUCUUGUGAGAAUUAAGACAUAAGAAGAUAAUUUGGAUUGAUGGUCAAUGCUGCAUGGAUGAUUAAAGGAAAACAUGAAAAAUAAAAAUCCUUUUAGGGUUUGCAGACAGUGCAACACAGCAUCAUGCAUGCUGCUAUUCCUCCUGUCUGCUCAAAUCCACACAAACACAACACUCUUAUUGUGCACCAUCAUUUUCCUGCUCAACACCCAGAACUAAACCUGAUCAAGUAUUGAUCUCCAUGGUCCCUGCUCCAAAAUAUGUUUGCAGACAGUGUUGGACAGCAGCACCUGGUUUGGCAUCAAGAGGAUGUGUUUAACCCUGAAGGAUCCUUGAACUCCUGGUGACAGGAGGAUAUUUUUAACCGUCGGUCUCGGCAGAGAAGAGCACACGAGCAGGAAGCCUGGAGGUGGAACGUCACACUGUGGAGAUGCUGCUUGUGAAGGUGGAGACUCAAACAUGGAGGCAACAAAACAAGAUCCAGAGUGUCAAAUCUGCUGCAGAGAACCCACAUUUGUUUUCUAACAACAGAAGGACUCAAAGAAAAUCCACACAGGAAUGGCUUAAACCCAACUGUGUCCCGCAGAGGUUCAUUACACUCAGUUCAAUGAACAAUUUGUGGCAGGACUUGGGGAAAAAAAUGUUGUUCAGUCCCUCUGAAACACAACAGAGCUCCAGCAGUUUUAAAAACAAAAAUAGACGCGCUAAAUUUGAGGAGUGUUUUUGCCAAGCAGGAAAAUAUUUGAAUACUCUGGCCUCACAGCCAAUCAGAGCUCUCAAUCUGCUGCAUUUUGGUGGCAUGAAUCGUUCAAUUGAAUCUUUGUCUACAAACUGUGGAGUCGGUUGUAUUUGCUUUAUCAAAGGCCUUUUUUAAGAGCAAAAACCAUCCAAAUAGAGCGCUACUGUUGUACAGUAUUUAUGGUACCAUCUAGGAUUUGAAGAUCUGAAGAAACUUCUGUACUAAAGAGACAAGGACCAAAACCAGGACUGGAUGGUCCUGAUCUUCAGGGCAUUAAAAACAGACAAUACUCUGGAGUGGGAAUCACCGCAUAGACUCAGAAUCACUUAGAAAACCAUUGACUGUGAACACAGUUCAUCCCUGCAUCCACUAAUGAGGUUUAAAUUGACCCAUGAAAGAGGAGACCAGCUAGAGACAGGAUCCAGAACCACCAGAGACUUCUGGACCUGAGUCCAUUUCAGGUGGAUCGGGGAAAACUGUCCGGAUGUCUGAUAGAUAUAAAUCUCUCUUUUUGGAAAUCUUAGACUCUGCAUCGUCCUCUCUAAAGAGCAGAGGAUCUACUUGUUCUCAGCUCCCAGUUCAAAUCCAGCAUCCCUGAUGGUAUGGGGAUCAUGAGAGUCCAUGUCAUGGGUAGACCUUCAUAUUUCAGCUAGACAAUGACAAACCACAUUUAGACAACAGGGAUUACAACAGCAUGGCUCUGUAGGAGAAGAGUCCUGGGGCCUGUACUACGAAGCUGGAUUUGGUCUUGGCGAGAUAACUUCUGGGUUUUUCUUUUUACAAAGGUGGAUCUCUUUUUAUCCGGGUCCGUUGCCACGGUAACUUACUCGGAAUGCCAAACCUGCUCCGGAGCAGGUUAUGUUUCAGGAUAAGAUCUCAGCAGGUAUAAAAGACCGCCCAAUGACCAAUCGGAUCUCUUGGAAAAUGGCUUGCCCACUUUUGCGGGAUCCCGGGGACAUCGUUGCAUGGAUAGUGAGAGGAGCGAUUCGCAGAGAGCGUUAUAUUCAUGAUCGUUAAAAUCCGUUUGAUUUACCUCAUGACAUUCUCUAUGAACGUUACAGGUUUUCCUUGGACGGCCUCAAUAUUCAGGUAGCAUGAAGUCUAAGCAAUGCACUAACAUUUGCCAAGCUCCAGGUUCCAAUUCCAUGCGGCAUAUCAGUCAUCAUUCAGAAUUUAUUGAAGCAGAUUAGAAAACUCCUCUUAACCCCAAAUGUGUCUGCAAAUGACGUGACCAUCAGAUGAUGGAGAAAAAAGAAAAAAAGGCAGUGUGAGGAAAUCGCUGUUUACGCGUUGAAAUAUGUACAAAUAAAAUCUUCCAAUAAAUUUACAAACUACUUUAAAGGAUGUUUUUAGAUUUAUUCUUAUUUGCUCCCACGUACUCUUUUCCCCACUGCUGUUGUAUCUGAAAUAAUGAGGUCAAUGAUGGAGGUGAUCACACACACUGCAUGACAACAUAUUAGGGGGCCAUAAAUUUAUGAACACACAAAUGUAAUUUACACAACCAGUGAUUUUUUUUGCCUGCAGUCCCUCCAGCUGUGGCUGUCCUGCUCCUCACUGUUAUAAUGUUGCAGUGCUCCUCGUAUUUGCGUAAAAUAAUGCUCUGUUCUUCGGCUGUGAAAAAUGACAUGCAGCCUUCUCCAUUGUGGAGAUUGGUCCGGUGGCACUGACCCCACCCCCUUUACGUGUGCGCGCACAGAUCUGAAGUGGCCACACCUGGAUUCAGUUAACGAGUUGAUAACCGGCUUCGUAGGACAGCUGAUCGGGAUCACGGAGAUCCGGUGAAGUUGAGCAAGUUCCCGCAGAGUUACCCUGGAUGUGUUAAUCCAGCUUCGUAGUACAGGCCUCUGGACUGAUGCAGUCCUGACUUGUCCCCCAUUGGAAAUAUUUGGAUCAUCAUGACCCCAAAAACGGGACAAAGAAAACCCUGAACUGUUGAGCAGCCGAAUCCUCUAUCAGGAGAACAUUUGACUGUCAGACUCCAGAACCUGGUCUGCUGAGUCCACUAAGGUCCACAGAGAGCUGAGGACACAUGGGAUGGGAGACCCGAUCCUGCUCUGUUUGAAACAUCAGGUAUCAGAUAUUUUCGAUCAACCCUCUCAGGGUUGUGUUUGGAGGAUGUGCAGACGUGAAAAUAGAGCCGGACUGCUGGGCGUGUUCACAUGAUCUUCUUUCUAGUGCGAUCGUCUGUCUGCCUUUUGUUUAGCUGUUAAAAUCCAUAAAUAAAAGGAUCUACAAAUUAUUCAAAUAAAUUAGAUAUGCAAAUCCGGCCCAUUGUGGAGCUCUGAGAGCAUGUUGUGUAUCUGUGGAGGGGAGAUGGAGGCGAGGCUGUGGCCUACUUAGACCUCCAGAUUCAUCUGGAGAGCAGGAAGCCCUCUGGGAUGAAGCAGCCACUUUGCUGGAAUUAAAAGGAUUUGUAUCAAGUGCUGUGUGCUGCUUGUGCUUUCUGCUUUGCUGGUUCUUUUUCCCGUUUAUGUUUUUCUGGUGUUACACAAUCAAAGGUUCUUUUCAUCGGCAUAAACCCGGGUCUUUGACCUGUGCUGGGUCUGAAUUGAUCAAACAGUGAGGCCCUGUGUCUGCUGUUCCAUCCCAUAGGCGAGUGUGCUCUGUACGUCCUCGGGCUUAAUGGGACUGUUGUGUUGUUAUGCUACAGCGGAAACCCACAACAGCGUGACAGGAUCCAGAUCUGCUUCUACUAGAACAUACAGCCUCAGUUUCUACCUUCUCCUCAGUCUUCAGGAAUGCUGCAAAGACUUGUGGAUUUCAAAGAAUCAAAGCUCAAGGUCAAUAUUUGGAUUUGAAUGAGCAGUGAAUGGAUGAGUCCAAUAUUUCAAUAGAACGUUUGCCAGGAACGAGUUCUGGAUGGAUUCUUACCAUGAUUUUAUGUCAAAUAAGAGUUCUGAAAAUGUGUUUCAUUCAGAGAAGAUGAUGAUGAUGAUGAUGAUAUCACCUUUCUGUCCAUCUUUAAUUCAGUCCUUCUGACAGUUUCCAAACUCCUAGCCCCGUCUGCAGCACAUCCAGCAGAACAUCACAGCGUUUAGGUCCUCCACAUGAGAAACAUACAAGCUUUCUUAAAACCUCUGCAGUUUUCAGUGCGAGUUUGCUGCACAAUCCGAGUCCAAAUAAUCACUUUUAUGUCUUGUUUAGCUUCAAAUGCUCCAUAUUUUAGCCACCAUAUUGGUAAUCUGCAAUCAUAGCGCCUCUAUAAAAGCAAUCUUCUCUUCUGAUAAAUCUGUAAAAACAUGCUUGACUUGCAUCAGGAGUCGUGUUCAUAUCAUCUUUACUCUUUCUCUGUUUCUUUGGUGUUUUCCUCUCAGGUAGAAACGGUCAAAUCCUCAGAGUUCAUGUACAAACACUGUCUGUCUGUCUGUCUGUCUGACCAUGCUCUUCUCUCUGCAGCCUAAAAAUGGAUAAGAACGAUCUGGUGCAGAAAGCCAAGCUGGCAGAGCAGGCUGAGCGCUAUGACGACAUGGCCAGCGCCAUGAAGUCUGUGACGGAGCAGGGCGGCGAGCUGAGCAACGAGGAGCGCAACCUGCUCUCUGUGGCCUACAAGAACGUGGUACGUCCUCUAGACAGCCCUUUAAAACACACUUAGUACUGACUAAAUAUCGCUGACAGUAAAGAAGAGCUUCGUCAGUCUGCACCUCAGAGAACUUUCUGGACUUCCUCACAGACUUUGCAGCCAAAUGGAGAAAAUGUCCAGUUUGUUUUUUAUGAAGAUUUUCUACGUAAAGUUUGAAAGUACAGAUUAUGUAAGAGAAGCCUGAGGAGUUGCAGCACUGAGGCUCUGUUUGCCAUUGAGCUUUACUUGAACUGGACUUUCAGUCCCACUCUGCAGCUAAGUUUAAUAAGAGCUGGACAACCAAGCAGCUGGACAGAGCAGCUCAUUCUGCAGGUAUCUGUUCAGUUUUGAGGUUCAAGAAAGAGACAUGGACAAGAGUCUUCAUGCAACACCAACCUGAUUACUCCCCCCCAUAAGUAUUUAAAGAGUCUGUACUGUGAGGGUGAGGGUGAGGGGAGGUGGAUUUAAGGGGCUGAUUUAGGCCCAACCCACAUAGUUCACACCUUUUUAAAAAGGGGUCUGAAAGCCAAAAAGACCUCCUAAGCAAGAACUGAUCUCCAUCCAUGCCAAUAUGUUUACAAACGCGGUCACAUGACCAUCUGCCCACACCGGACACAGGUCCUCUCACUUCAUAUCUCCAAGCAUCUGUCCUGCAACAGACAGGUCAGAGCAGGUUUAUGAGAAUGCACAAACAGGUAUCCAAGCUGUCAUGUACCACAGAACCUUCCAAGUGGUGUCACCAUCUGUCUGGGGGGCUGUGUUCUGGGGUCUAUUGUCGCCUCCUCACAAAAAGCUACAGCAUGCCAACCUGUUAACCAAGUUGCCCUCUGAUUAGCUGAUCUCAUGACCCUGAUUUUUCUGAACCAAAGGGUACCAAAGAACUAUUCAGAACCAAACUAUUCAGAACCGGGCUUUAAGCAUGUUUAAUUUUCCUCCAAAGAUGAGCUUUGAUGAAGUGAUUCUGCAGACAGCCUCUAGUGGACACUCAAAGAACUGCAGUUUUUCUCUCUCCAGGCCUGAGAUAGCAGUUUGGAUUAGUCUAGAAUUUUUGUUGAGGUAAAGGGUCACCUAAUGUGGAUGACAUGAACCAGUAAGGACCUAAAGACAGCUGCUUUAGGGGGGUGUAGUUUGAAUUUUUAGAUACUUUUAUUUAUGUAUUUAUCUUUAUUGAAUUUCCCUUCAGAGAUCAAUCAAUCAAUUCUUCAUACCUUAAUCUAUAAUUUCUGCCUCAUGAACUAAAAAGAAAAAAUCAGAAUUUGCAUCCUUUCCUGCAUUUCCAAAGGUCACUGUCCUCAAGGCGCCGGAGAGACAUGGACCUGAUCAUCCACUACCUCAGCAAAUCCUCUCUCUUUAACCAGGAAAGCCUUAAGGGUGGAAAAAUCUGCAGUUCCCCAAGUGUCCACUGGAGGCUGUCUCAUGUUCAAAUCUCUGUUUUUAGUGGAAAUAAAACGGCCCAUUUACACUUCUGGCUCUUUCAAAGAAACUGUCCUGGUUAAAAUUCAGGGUCAUGCCACCAUGUUGGUUCAGUACAGCAGAGGAGAGCUAAACAAGCCCAGGUGUGAACAUUAUAAAGGAUGUCAUAAAAAAAACAGAUUUGUGGGUCUGCAGUCUGGGAACUAAAAGUGCCUAACUCUUUCAGUUUUAAGAUUCAGUGUGUAAAUAUCUCAAUACAAGUGAAAUCUAUUUAUCUGUUUAUCUAAUCUAAUCUAUCUCUAUUUUUAUCUUUAAUGCGAGUGAAAUCUGACUUUGAAUUUAGACUAAGUAAGACAGAGCUCUGACAGUGAAGUUUGAGAUUUCAAUAGUUUGUGGAGUUUAUCCAGUCAUGAAUAUAAGAUGGUGUCAGUAUCUCUGGAUGAUGAUGGCGCCGUUUUUUCCAUCAGGUGGGAGCUCGCCGAUCAUCCUGGCGAGUCAUCUCCAGCAUCGAGCAGAAGACUGAGGGCAACGAGAAGAAACAGCAGAUGGCCCGCGAGUACCGCUUGAAGAUCGAGUCUGAACUCCAAGAAAUCUGCAACGACGUGCUGGUAAGCAGCAAGGGAGGGGAGAGGAAAGGGGUGUGUAAGGGAGGAUGGGACGAAACGGGGCAGGAAGAGGAGGACAGAAGGCAGAGAGAUGAAGAAGAGAGCAGAGCAGAUCUUUUCUUAGACCCUCAUGGUGUGACUGGAACAGGAACAUGUUUCCAGCAGCAGCGGUGACGGUGUAGGGUUGUUCAACAAAGCUUUGAUUUUUCUCCAACUUUAUUUUACCGCAGAAUCUCAGCUCAGAGUUUCCUGUUUACCUGCUGCAGAGGAAGAAAGAAAAAGUCUCCUCCAGAAAAACACAAAAACAUUUGAGUCUUUCAAAAUCUCUGAUCAAUCAGAUGUUUGUAAAUGGACCUCUUUUUUCAGCCUGUCUUCACUUCAUCACCACACACCUGAGAAGUGUGGCAUCCACAAAUAGCACUGCAGUAUACAGCACACACAAAGCUGUGUUUGUGUGGGUGUGUGUCUACAGGUGCAGGGAUGAGAGGAUGAAACCUGAUCCAGGAAGUCCAGUUUAGUCACUCUUCUCUAAGAUUUAGUUUUCUGGUCAGGUGAGAAACAGACUUCCAGGAUGAGAACCUCUGCACGUGUUUAUAGGGCAGGUUCUCCCUGGUCUUGUGGGUCUUGUCCUGCAGAUCACUUUGUUGGAUCUUGGUGAACUGUAUGAAAGGUUUCGGUCUAGCUGGGCUCACUGUCCUGAAGCUCAGCUGAAGAGGAUCAGUGAACAGGUUUGAAGUCUUGCCCUGUAUUUGACCCGGAUUAAAAGUUUUGAUGGGAUUUUUGAAGAGUUUGGUUUCCAUAAGAAGCCAGUUCAUGCUCACAAGGUGGGCCAGUUUGGGUUCAGGUUUAGAUUUCUCCAUUGCUCAUUGUUGAUGAGUUUUAACCCUGUGAUUAAGACCGGUCAAAACUCAGAAACCGCUCGAUUCAGAGGCUGUGUCUCAUUUCAGAGACCGCAUCGACCUAAGUGCCCUUCUGCACCGUCGAACGGUGCAUUUGAAGCGUGCAUGACGUCACGACGGUGCGAACGGUGUCCCAUUUGGCACGAGAUGCUAAAAAAUGCUAAGCGCGCUUAGCAUGUUUUCAAGCGUGCAUUUAUGCACGCUUUCGUGCCGUCGGUAUCCCAGAAUGCUUUGCGUGCCGCUGCACAGCUGCGCAUUUCAGGUGAGAGGCUGGACUCGCUUGGAGACGCAGCGCGUCUUCAAAGAAAAUACAAGCAAUCCGAAAACAGCAGACAGUCAGCUCAGGCUGUAUGAGAGCAUGAUCUCUGAACUCACUAAAAUCUGUUAACCAAACAUUAUAGAUUUAGAGACGAACUGAUCCGCUCUGCUUCAACAAUCAAAAACAUUAGAAAUGAGAAAGCUGACAAAACUACAGCAGAGUAUCAGGACAACAUUGAGGUUUUUUUUUCUUUUAAGAUUUAGAGAUUAAAGUUGUAAAUUUAGGAGAAUAAAGUCAUAAAGUAAAUAAAGUCAUGAAGCUGCUUUUGUGGAGGGGGAAAUGACUGAAGCUGGUCAUCUGCAGGGUUAUCUGUGGAUGUAUCAGCGGGUCAUUCAGAGAGAUUUUGUGGUUUCUGAAGAAACAAUCAAACUGAUGAUGAUCAACAUUUGUGAUCCAGAGGGAGUUGAGCUCGGACGAGCACCACGUCUCUGACACCGGCAGUAACCUACACCUGCAGCGACACCAACACCUUAUUAUGGCAUAUGGAUUCAUAUCAUAAAUUAAAGCUCAAUGUCAUUCACAGAUAUUUACGGCUGCAUUGACAGAUAUAUCCUCAGCAUAUUCAUUUCUGCCUCCACAAAAGCAGCGAUUUCCUUCAAGUACACCAGUUUUUUUUCCCCGUGGAAAAGACGUAUUUCUCAUAUAUUCUUUUUUUAAAGUCUUUAUACUUAUGACAAUGUGAUGCCGAUGUGCCAGAGGAUGAAGUAUCUCCUAUCCUCCUUCUCAAUAGGGCCCUCAUACUCCUUCAUACAAAACAAUCAUUGGAUGAAUUUUGUGGGAAUGAUCUGUGCUUGUAUGUAUCUACUAUUUUGUGUCUGUGCAAGGUCGCACAAUUAAAACAAUACAUGCUGCGCUCCGCAGCUUUUUUUCUAAUCAGUCGUGACGUAAGCCUGAGGGCGGGGACAUUUGGAGACCUUCGGAGGACUUCCUGGUGGAGUUGCCAAAUGUCCCCGCCCUCAGGCUCGCGUCACGACUGACUUAAAGGAAACCCGCGGAGCGCAGCAUUUAUUGUAUUAAUUGUGCGACCUUGCACAGACACAAAAUAGUAGAUACAUACAAGCAAAAUUCAUCCAAUGAUUGUUUUGUAAGAAGGAGUAUGAGGGCCAUAUUGAGAUUUAAGACUUUAAGGACUUCGAGAUUUAAGUCGUGAAUUUACGAGAAUAAAGUCAUUAAUUUAUGAGAAUGAAGUCAUAACCUGUUAUUUCAGAGAGACUUGUUAAAAUUAGGGCCAUGAAGCAUUUGAAGGAACUGUGCUUCAGUAUAGGUUUCACAAACAAGGAGAUUCUUCAUCCUCUGGCACAUCAGCAUAACAUUGUCAUAAGUAUAAAGACUUUAAAAAGAAUAUAUGAGAAAUACGUCUUUUCCACGGGGGAAAAAUAUUGGUGUACUUGAAAGAAAUCGCUGCUUUUGUGGAGGCAGAAAUGAAUAUGCUGAGGAUAUAUCUGUCAAUGCAGCCGUUAAUAUCCGUGAAUGACAUUGAGCUUUAGUUUAUGAUAUGAAUCCAUAUGCAGUAAUAAGGUGUUGGUGUCUCUGCAGGUGUAGGCUACGGCCGGUGUCAGAGACGUGGUGCUCGUCGGAGUUCGACUCCCUCUGGAUCACAAAUGUUGAUCAUCAUCAGUUUGAUUGUUUCUUCAGAAACCACAAAAUCUCUCUUAAUGACCCGCUGAUACAUCCACAGAUAACCCUGCAGAUGACCAGCUUCAUCAUCAGUUCGUCUCUAAAUCUAAAAUGUUUGGUUAACAGAUUUUAGUGAGUUCAGAGAUCAUGCUCUCAUACAGCCUGAGCUGACUGUCUGCUGUUUUUGGAUUGCUUGUAUUUUCUUCGAAGACGCGCUGUGUCUCCAAGCGAGUCCAGCCUCUCACCUGAAAUGCACAGCUGUGCAGCGGCACGCAAAGCAUUCUGGGAUACCGACGGCACGAAAGCGUGCAUACAUGCACGCUUGAAAAAGAGGCGGGGGUAGUGUGGUUUUGAGACCGAAUUUGAAGCGCGCUUAGUAUUUUGUGCCAAACAGGACACAGUUCGUGCCGCGUGGUGACCUCACGUACGCGUUAGAUGCGCCGUUCGAUGGCUGCUCUAUCUGAAAUGGGACACAGGAAGGGCACAGAACGGCUCAAAACGGCAGUGCACUCAGCUAAGCGCCGUUAAGCGCGCUUAUCACGAUGCGGUCUCUGAAAUGAGACACAGCCACAGUCUCUUAAUGAGGCCGGAUUGAUGAGAGCCACACCCACAGACUCGCAGAUAACCAUAAACUCUCUGAACUUUGUCUUUUCUGACCUUUGGAGACAGAAACAGGUCACUCUGAAACAUUCGAGUUAUCACCAACUCAAGCUCAUUCACAACUCAUACGACUGAUGGCUGAAACUCUGUAUCAGAGUAGACAAUGAAAACUGAUGUGACCUGAAACUGUCUUUUGGAAGUAUGAGUAUUAAACAGGUAAAAUAAGAGACACAUCUCAGCUGAUUUGUAAUCCAGAAAAACCUCAAAGACUUUUGGAGAAUAAAGAAUUAAAAAAAAAAAAACGGAUUUUCUGUUGAGAAACCUUGGCAACGACCACAAGAGUUUAUCUUGAUGGACUUGAACACCAACUGAAGGAGCUGAGGUUCAAAAGGAGUAAACAAAGAGCACAGAGGACUUCUGAUCAGAUAGUUCAGGCUGUGAGGAACGUCCUCACUUCUCCAGACCCUGACUGGAUUGGAGCAGAAAACUCUAAAGGUCAGAGCAGACGGAGAUUCUUAGCGCCUGAGCAGACAGCUAAUAAUAUCUUCAAGGUCAGACUGUGUGCCGGAGUGCUGAUGUGGUGCCAAAGGAAUGAAGGAGGCGAGGACGGGUGGAGACACGCUCUCUUUUCAGUUCCAUUAAAGCUCGGGAGGACAACGUGUUGGAAACGGAGAGACCUGAGAGAGAGAGGAAGAAGAAACCUCUGCAGGACAUCCGAGUGUGUAUGUUUAGGGAUCAUGAGUGAGAGAGGAGGGUUUUAUUUUAGGACUCGCAUAAAUCAAACAGCAGCUAGGUAAACAAGAGGGGAAACAGAUGAACUGGUCUGAUUGACAACAGUCCUCAUGAUGGUGAUCCUGAUCAGAGACCCACAUCUGAAACUUGGUCAAACGUUUUCUGAAAUAUUGGAAACAUGAAAACCUGAGAGGAGACAGAGGAGCUCAGAAAUCUGUGUUUCCAACAUGUACAAGCUGACACAGCAGCAGGCUCAAAAUUCCGUGCAGGACUUUAUUGGCUGAUAAUGAAAGAGAAACCUCACAGAGAAAAAGUCUGACCACUUGGGUUGUUACUUUUUACACAGCUCUCUUUACCAGGUGUUAUCUGCAGCUCCAGUAUCAGCUGUUCUAAUCUUUGUGUCUCUGAGCUUCAUGAAGGCUUUCUAGACCAUCAGCUCCAGGUUUCAGUACCAGCUGAGUCUUUCCUUCAGGAGGUCUAAGUUUAGAGACGGACUGGACCGACUCAGAGCAGCUUUAAGUCUGAGUAAAUAUGUCAGUCUGUCUUUGACAGCGUUUCUGGUCUUGGUUGUAUUCUGCUCAGGUUUUGGUCUAAGGUUAGGGUUUUUAAAGAACUUGUUUCUGCAAAGAUCUGCAGGUUUUUGUUCCUCACAUCCAGAGGCUCCUUAGGCCCGGACUACACGUAUAUAGAUAUUUAUUUAUCAGGAUAUUUUUGUACUCCCGUCCAAAUAAAUGUAUCUGUCCACACAUGUUAGUUCUCAAAAAUAUCUGCGUCCACACGUAGCCUUCAAACUCAAUCCUAUCUGGUGCCACUUAAAAAAAAUUCAGGAAUGAAGCUAACUGAUUGGCCGAUGAAUCGUAACAGCGUGAUGCGUCAUGCAUUGUUUGCGGAAGCUACGCUAGUGCGUCGGGUCCAUGUGAUGGAUCAUGUGACCAAUAAAAGUAUUGGGCGCAGCAGACGCUUCUGUGAGCUGGCUGACUGGUGGAUGUAAUUGUAUAAAACAAGGUUCACUUGCAAGGCUGAAAUUAGCCCCAAAAGGGCAAAACAAACGUAAAGAAUACCCUGUAUGUCCGCCAUCGUUGUUGUUGUUUUUCUUUUUAAUUCGCAUGCGCGAGCUGCGGUUUGACGUCAUCGAUCCGUAAAAGUUCAACCACACAAAUCCACUUGUACAGAUAUUUUUUUAUUUCUUCACUUGUUUUUCCGGAUUCAGAUUUAUCCGGUUUGAGUGUUCCAAACUCCCGUUUUGGUGUGGUAGGGAGGCCUAAUCGGACAUAAAUAUGUGCGGUUUGAAAUAUAUCCGCAUUCGUGUAGUCGGGGCCUUAGUGUCGCUCUGCUGUUACCGUGUACCUCCAGAUUUCUUAGCCAUCCUCAAAACUUCUGCUUUUUGUCUUUUCAGAAUCUGCUCGAUAAAUUCCUCAUUGCCAACGCAACUCAGGCGGAGAGCAAGGUGUUCUACCUCAAAAUGAAAGGAGACUACUACAGAUACCUGUCAGAGGUCGCCGCUGGAGACACAAAGAAGAGUGAGUAUCUUUAUUCAGAGUGAGGGAACUGCUGUUUUUUCUUCUUCUUCUCUCUGUUUUUAAAGAGGAGAUUCCUGAUUUGGUGCCUCAGCUGCUGAUCAGAAGUCUAUUUUACUGAUCAAACAAAGUCUGCUCCUGUUUACUGUAAGCUCCCAGUAGAUGUUUUCUGUGGAGGUCAAAGGUCAGUGUUUGUGGAUCCUGAGCGCAGCUCUUCAUGAGGGUUUCUUAUCAUCUGUUACUGCCUCCUGCUGGUCAUUGUUGUUAUGAUUUGGAUGUGUCUGUUUUUAGUGACAAAUGAUGGGAGGACUCGGUCCCACCGUCUCUGUCUCUGUGACCUUUAUAUACUGAAGGGGGAUUUACAGGAGGAUCCGGAUAAAGACCUGGACAGGUCACAGGGACCCAGCUCUUCUUUGAUGGUGUUAAAAAGCGUCACUGAUCUGAAGGAGUCUGACUCAGCUGUGGUGGUUCGGUUCUGUUGCAGACACGGUGGACAGCUCUCAGCAGGCCUACCAGAACGCCUUCGACAUCAGCAAGAAGGACAUGCAGCCCACACACCCCAUCCGGCUGGGGCUGGCCCUCAACUUCUCCGUCUUCUACUAUGAAAUCCUCAACUCACCUGAGCAGGCCUGCAGUCUGGCCAAGCAGGUAAGUUCAGACCUCUGGUUCAGGCUCUAUCGUGAUCCCAGCUUCCCGGCUCCUGUGCUUCCUGCUGUUGGUCCAACAGAGUCUCAGCUGGAUUAGAAAUAGAUUGAUGUAAUUUUUUAUUCAAGUAAAUCUCAUCCAUGUGUGAACUGGCUCUGGUGUCUGAAAUCUCUCUCUCCUGCAGGCUUUCGACGAGGCGAUUGCCGAGCUCGACACCUUGAACGAGGAUUCGUACAAAGACAGCACGCUGAUCAUGCAGCUACUAAGGGACAACCUGACUGUGAGUGUACACCCACACACCUGCGUUGUUGGCCCUUUUUUUAGGAGGUUUGGACAGUUUCUGCUCGGACAUGUGGGUCAAAUAAAAAAUCUGAAAUUCCGAUUUCGGGAGCUUCUUAAGUUCCAGCUGCAGGUCUGGAUGAGCCUCCAUGAGUCCAGUCUCCAAAAUAUUGUCUGGUUCCUGUUUUUUAAUUUCUGGGCUGUUUUUCAGUGUUCAUAUUUAUUUCAAAUCAAACACCGGCUCUGUUGUUGUUGUUGUUGUUGCAGUUUUUGAUUAUUACCAUAAUUUCUGUGGGAUUAUGUAGACUCUGUUUUCUGAAAAUCUGACGGUGCAUUAGUGUUGUUCAUAUCUCUCUCUCUCUCUCUCUCUCUCUCUCUCUCUCUCUCUCUCUCUCUCUCUCUCUCUCUCUCUCUCUCUCUCACUCUCUUACUCACCUUCCUGCAGCUCUGGACAUCAGAAAACCAGGGAGACGAGGGUGAGACCGGCGACGGGGAGAACUAGAGCGCACUUCACUGUUGAUCCAUCCCCACUCUCUUCCUCCUCCUACUCCUCCGUUUAUCUCUCUUCUUCCUCCUCUUUCGUCUCUUCUUCCUCUCUUCAUACACAUAAAAACAGCCCGUUCAUUCCCUCGUCCCACUUUUUCAAAACCCGGCCUCCCGACUUCCCUUCUGUAUAACCAACAGCAUGAAUAGUACCUGACCCUCACCAAAAGAUAUUAUAAACAUUUAAAAAAUAAAAAAAGGAGGGAGGAGAAAAGAGAAACUACUCCAUCAUCCUUCCUCCAUCCCUCCUCCCACCCUCCUCUUCAUCAUGGCACUCCAUGGCCGUCCGGUGGACUCAAACCGGCGGGCAGUCUCGUCUUCUAGCACGCAGGGAGGGUUUUUAUUCCAAACCACGAAGAAAUAAAUUAACAUCUUUUAGAGCCCACCUUUGACCUCCUCAUUUAAUCUUCCCCUUUUUCCCUCCUUCCUAACAUCUCAGUACUCCCUCCCUCACCCUCCUCCUCCUCCUCCUCCUCCUCCUCCUCUUUAGCGAGUUAAUGCAUUUAUCUAGUUGUCCAUCCCUUCUCUCUUUUUGGCUUUUCUUAGUGUACUGGCAUACAUGGCUGGUUUUAUUCCACUAUAAACAAAACAACAAAGGUUAUUAAACUGUCCGUUUAUUUUCAACAAACACUGUGAUGCUUAGUCUUUCCUCCACAUCCAUCAUGGAUGGUACAGACCAUCAUUAUCCAGCUGGGAGGGGGUGUGGCUUUGAGCAGCAGUGCCAUUCUGCUGAGUUUAUACAGAAGGGGGCUCCUACAAGGCUGUAUUGUGACACUGACAAACGAAACCAGAACCUGCAUUUCACCUGCACAGACUCUCACCUGUGACUCGGGAACAUCAUGACAAAGCUUACAUUCCAUCAGAUCUGACUCGUGGUCACCACCAUUGGGACCCCUCUACUUCCUGGGAUCCCCUCAGCAUCAGCACUGCUGUCCCCCAAUCAACAUGUUUGAUUCCGUCUGCGGUUCCUUUUCUGUGUGUGUGUGUGCGCGCGCGUGCGUGUGUGUGUGUUUUACGAAUUAAACACCCCCCCCACCCCCCCCGUCCUCAGUUUUUGAAAACUGUAAAAUUGUAAAACAUUUUUAGAGCUUAACUGUAAAUCUGUCUUUUGGAGAAAAAAGAAAACCUCAACGGUUUGUUGAUGUUGUCCGUUAACACCCGCUUGCAAAGAAAACCUUGAAGCCGUUACAGUCAGCUGCUGAGUUUCCCGCGUUCUUCUUUUACCAGAUCUUUUUUUUUUUAUACCCUCCUCCUUUCACUGCUUGUAUCGACGAGUUCAGAGCUGACAAGACAAACAAAGCAUGCCUUUAUUAAUUGUCCUGAGAAUCUACACAAGCGUCGAGCCCGUGGAUUCACUCUUAAACUUCCCGCUUCCUUCUCAGCACAGCAGCGAGUCCAGGUGUGGGAGCUGAUGUUAAUCUGGUGGAGAAUAAACAGCAGAAACACUUCCUUUACAAACAAAACAUGGAGAUUAGCAACCAUCAGGAAAGGGUUCAGAAAUCAGAGUAAAGUUUACAGAUCUAGAAAAAGUAAAGGCAUUUUUUUUUUUUUUUCAAAUUUAGAAAAAAAAACAAAACGAAAAAAAAAAAAAACCAGCAGCUUAAAUCGGUGUGUAAGUCUGCUGAGUGAGGAAUUAUGAAACUCUGGACUGACUCUCUGAUUCAAAACUUCCUCAUAUCUGAAAUGUACCAACUCUUUUCCUUAUAGGUAAAUCUGAACCAUCAGGAUGACAAAAAGUUCAAAUAAACAUCCUUUAAAGUUUAGAAAUCAAACCAAGGCCUCCCCAAACUAUCUUCAUCUGAUGUCAAACUUUUGAGUUCUGAUAUCAGACGGCUAAUUUGAUCCUUUAUCAGGGCAGGUUAAAAUUGAUGUGAGGAAGACUCCAGACUGGUCUGAGAGGAAAGCUUGGACUGUGGAGGAUUGAGAGUCAAAGAAUUGAGUAUUGACCACAUCUGUCUCUUAACCUGGUGGAUGUGUGACUUCAGCGGACUGUUGUGGUGUUGAAAAGGAAGCAGAGACUUUAAGUGUGUCAGUUUGAGAAAAUAAAGAGGUUUGUGUGCGUUCAAGGAGCCAAAUCCCCAGGCAGCCGAUCAUCUGUCUGUGGAAGAGAGAACCUGUAGUCCGGUUCACGGCGAGAUUCUUUACAGAAGCACAGGUUUCGGUUUUGCUCAGACUCCACGCUCGAUCCGCAGAAGAAGAAACUUGAUCCGAAACAAGAGCAGCAACAAUCAUGCUGAUGACCUAAAAACUUUUUUCCAUUGAACCCUAAACUGAAGCUGAACUAUUGGAUGAAUCUCUUCCUCCUCUUCCUCUUCUUCCUCUCAGUGUCACAAUAACCUUGUCAUUCAACAUCUCGACAUUCCACUCUGUAGGUGUAGAAACGUCAUGUGUCUCAGUGUUUCUUUUCUUUUGCUGGGGACAAAUGUUUUCAUGCACUGAACUUAAAAAGGUUUAAAGAAAAAAAAAAAGGAAAAAAAGUACCUCCCUGCCGCCGCCGCUCUUUUUCUCGUUAGCUGAUCAAAAAGGCAGUUCUUCUUCUUCUACUUCUUCUUCGCUUUCUAAGAAAAAAAUGAUCCCAUGCAGUAGUGAAUGUGGCACCGAGCCUGUCUGUAUAUCUGGUAUCUCAAAUCAUUUUGUUUUUACUGACCAGUAUUCUGCUUAAAAAUAAAAAGAGAAAAAAAAAAUAACCCAAAAAACCAACAAAAACAAGUUUGCUUCUGUGACGGUUUUAUUGCUUAGCGCGCACGUGGUUGUGAAAAUUUAGACUUAGCUUAAGGACACAAAAAAAAAUAAUUUGAAAAUGACCAAAAAAAAAAACCAAACCCUUUGACACUUCUCCUCCCCCACCCUGUUUAUUGACGUAAUACUAGAUUUGUGUAUGUCUUUUAAAAAAAAUCCAACUCUAGUUUCACCCUACAUGUUAUAAACAGGACAAAAAUGUAAAAGACGAUUUAACGUGAAAUAAAGGUUUUAUCAGUUCGAAACAGCCCC